AUGGAUGAGGUCCGCCAGUGUAGUGCCCUCGUCGAGGAGCUCUAUGACAUUUACUACCUGGAUGCCCCUCCAAGCCAUCGUCGAGCUCUCGUCUGGACGCUUUCCCGCCGAACCUUAUGCCGCAUCGGCUGUUCCAGUCCUACCCCACUGGACACCAUCUCAGAGGACUGCGAGUAA